AUGUCGGAUGCGACUGCUAGUGUUGAUACUUCUGCCAUGGAGGAGGAGCUUGUUCAGCCCAAGAAUUUUGGCAAGUCUCCUCCUUUCAACAAAAUUGUGACUGGCGUUUUCCUGCCGCUUCAACGACAUCAAUUGGAGAAAGCGGUGCUGGCAAAACGGAAAACUAUUACUGCCAUUCGUCAUGAGAUCAUUGCGAACUUUAUUGCCAAUUGGAAGAGGAAUGUCGGCGAUGAUAUUUAUCCUGCGUUUAGAUUGAUACUCCCGGAGAUUGAUCGUGAACGACAGAUGUAUCAUUUGAAAGAAAAUACUUUGGGUAGACUACUGGUCAAGGUGCUGCAUUUGGAUAAGAAGUCUCCAGAUGCAAUUGCUUUACGAGAAUGGAAAAGAGGUCCUAGUUCGACUGCUGGAAACUUUUCUGAACGGGUAUAUGAUAUCCUGGCCAAACGUGAUACUCAUUCGACAUAUGGCGAUAUGACUGUCGACGAAGUCAAUAGCUUGCUCGAUACCCUCAGUACGUCGAAGUCGGCUGAACAGCAGGGUGUAUUGAGAAAGUUCCUUACUGGUAUGAAUGCUGAAGAGUUACGAUGGUUGACUCGUAUUAUUCUACGAUUCUCUAGAAUCGGUGUUACUGAAACGACGAUAUUCCAAAUAUAUCAUCCGGAUGCUGUUGCUCUUUAUAAUAUAACUUCGGAUAUGAAACGUGUGUGCUGGCAAUUGUGGGAUACAAACUAUAGAAUACCAAAUGAAGAGAGUCAGAUCCGACUCAUGUCUUGCUUUCGACCGCAGCUCGCUGCUUUUACAAAACACUCGAAUAAAAAAAUAGUCGAUGUGAUGCCUGACAGCGGGUUCUACAUGGAAGAGAAGAUAGAUGGCGAGCGGAUGCAGGUCCAUUUCACCAGGAAACAAUGUGAAGAAGACGGUCAAACAGUUGAAAAAGUCCAGCUGAAAUUCUUCAGUCGAAAGGGAAAAGAUUAUACGUAUCUGUACGGGUCAAACUUCGACGACCCAUCUGGCAGUCUUGCCCCCAAGCUACGAACAGUUAUCGAUAAGAGAGUUCGCAACUGCAUUUUUGAUGGCGAAAUGGUUGGCUGGGACAGUGAAGAGGAUAUGAUUGAACUCUUCGGAAGCCUUAAGACGGCUGCCAAGGCCGGAACUGCUAGUAAGAGCAAUCCGCUCUAUAUUGCGUACGACCUUGUCCACUUAAACGGUCGUAGUCUGGUCAAUGUCCCGCUAUCACAGCGCAAAAAAAUGCUAGACGGCAUUGUAACCCCGGUGAAGGGCUAUUUUAUGGUGCUUCCGUAUCCUAUCGGGAAGACAGAAAAAGACAUUGAAACCCGCUUUUUGAAGAUUAUCGAAGAGGCGUAA